UUACAGCGAGAUGGAAUCGAAGGACGAACAGAAUCCUUCACCCGAAGAAGUUAAACCAAAAAUAGAUACAUCAGACACAGACUCUCAACCACCUCAGGUUUCUGUUACUUCUGGUGGAGGUGUGAUACGAAGAAACUUUAUAACUACAGCUGGUACUAUAGUAGAAACAAACGAAGAACAGCCACCAGAACCCACUACCGAAGAGAUUGUUAAUACAGAAAAUUCAACUCCACAGGAACAAAGUCCUGUGGAACAUAAAAUUGAGCCUACAGAGACAACAACGUAUCAAGAACUGCAUCAAACGCAUCAAAGGGAACAAUUUACAGAACCAAAACAGUAUACAGUAGAAAUGCCAGCAGAAAGCUUUUCGGGACAAAACUUUUCACAGGAUAUCGGUUACACAAGCAAUAUAGCUACUGUUAAUAUUGAAGGUAAUGAGGUACCUAUAACAAUAUCUUCCGAAAUAGAUCAACCAGGUGAUUAUACAAGUUUGCAAACAGCCCAAUACAACAACGGUUAUACAGACGGUCCACAGUAUCUUGCCCAACAUCAGUAUCAAAAUUUAUACGUUGACAGGGGCAGUGUUGGUAAUUCACCUCCAGCAACUUUAUUGUUUAAAGAUGAUCCCAAUUUAGCAGCAGCUAGAUAUCCGACAAACUACGAUGUAUCUAGCAGUCAAUCGCAGCUUAAUCUUCUUCCAAAUGAUACCUACUUCACUACAACAGCCAAUUGGGCUUCAACGAGCACUGGAUCCUAUCAACAACAAUACAGCAAUACCAUUAACAUCCUUCACCAAGCGGAUAGUACGCAGUCAUAUGGGGGUCCUUACGUAAAUACAGCAUGGUCAUCUAGUUCGAUAGAGGAUGGACGUCCACCAAGCCAAGAGGUACUAGUCAAAGAGUGCGUGAAUUGUGGUGCUAGUGUUACACCCCUUUGGCGUAGAGACGGUACCGGGCAUUAUCUAUGUAACGCGUGCGGGUUAUACCACAAAAUUAAUGGGGUUCACAGACCUCCGAUUAGGCCUUCGAAAAAACCACAGGCGACAGGAAACAGAAGAAAUGGUGUAUCAUGUGCAAAUUGCAAAACAAAUAACACAACUCUUUGGCGAAGAAAUAAUCAAGGGGAACCUGUUUGCAACGCUUGCGGACUUUACUUUAAAUUACACGGGGUUAACCGACCGAUGAGUAUGAAAAAGGAUGGCAUCCAAACACGUAAGAGAAGACCAAAAAACUCUGGUGGAAAUCCAGGUCCAUCUGGCCAAGUCCGGAUCGGCAACAUCUACCAAUAUCAACAUGCUUCAGAACUUGAAAUACAACAGGACACCUACCAGUUGCCAAUAAACGUAUAUCCUUCACCCACUCAAGGACCUUACAGACAGUACGCAGCUGAGAAUCUACGAGGCUUAAAUGCUCAGCCAUUGCAACCAAUUAUUACCACAGAUGACGAACAGACAAGCGUCAUAACUUCUACCUCACAACAAGCAAGGUUUCGAGUAGAUACAGAAGAGGACGAUGGUAGUAACAACCCACCUGCCAAUGCUUAG